AUGGCCCCCGACGGUAACAAAUUGCGACAGCGCAAUGUCCCGGCUGCUACUGCCGCAAAGGAAGAAUCGGACGAUCCAGCCACCACCGAUCGCAUUGCCACCCUCAAGGGAUUGGCCGAAUCGGAAAUCUGCAUCGAUGGCACCAUUUACAACAUUGAAAACUUUGACCAUCCAGGAGGUGAAUCCAUCAUGAUGUUUGGUGGAAACGAUGUUACCAUUCAAUACAAAAUGAUUCAUCCUUACCAUACUUCCAAGCAUUUGGAAAAGAUGACCAAGGUUGGAACGGUUCCGGAUUACACCAGCGAAUACAAGUUUGACACUGAAUUCGAACGUGAAAUCAAGCGUGAAGUCUUCAAGAUUGUCCGUCGUGGGCGUGAAUUUGGAACCUGGGGAUGGCACGUCCGGGCCGUCUUUUAUUGCAGUCUCUUUUUUGGAUUGCAAUACUUGUGGAUGACCACUCCCACCAGUCUACUUUUGGCCAUUGUCUACGGAGUGUCUCAAUCCUUCAUUGGAUUGAACGUCCAGCACGAUGCCAACCACGGAGCUGCUUCCAAACGACCAUGGGUCAAUAACCUUUAUGGAUUGGGUGCGGAUUUUAUUGGAGGUAGCAAGUGGUUGUGGAUGGAACAACACUGGACUCACCACUCCUUUACCAAUCACUGGGCCAAGGAUUCCGAUGCCUUGGGUGCCGAACCCAUGAUUCUGUUCAACGAUUACGAACCAAACCAUCCCAAGCGUGCCGUUGUCCAUCGUUUCCAAGGUCUUUACUUUCCCCUCGUCUUGGCCGGAUACUGGAUGUCCACGGUGUUCAAUCCUCAAAUUUUGGACUUGAACCACGCUGGAUCCUCAGAAAUUGGAUACUCCUGGGAUAACAAAUAUGUUCAAAAGUCCCGCAAGUAUGCCAUUGCCCUUCGCUUGUUGUACAUUUACUGCAACAUUGUGGCCCCCUUUCAAACCAAUGGUGGAUUCUCGUUGGAAGUUUUGACUCACAUUUUGGUCAUGGGAAUUGCCGAAUCCUUGGCCUUGGCGUCCUUGUUUGCCUUGUCCCACAACUUUGAGCACGCCGAUCGUGAUCCUACCUACGAAGCCCGCAAGACUGGAGAACCCGUCUGUUGGUUCAAGUCGCAAGUCGAGACUUCCUCGACCUAUGGUGGUUUGGUAGCAGGAUGCUUGACGGGUGGACUCAACUUUCAAGUCGAACAUCACUUGUUCCCACGCAUGUCCUCUGGAUGGUAUCCCUUUAUUGCUCCCAAGGUGCGAGAGAUUUGCAAGAAGCACAAUGUCAAGUAUGCCUAUUAUCCAUACAUUUGGGAAAACCUGAUUUCGACCGUCAAGUACUUGCACCAAGCUGGGAAUGGUACCAACUGGCAGGAUGGAAACCCAUACACUGGCAAGUUGUAA